AACCAACCGGAUAAAUAAACGAUAUUAUACAGGGGAGAUUUGCAGCAGUAGUCACACGUGGAGACGAACAUAUGCCUCCCAGCUUCCUGUCCCCCUGUCCGCCUCAGAGGACACGGAGCAGGCUGCAGCCAUGGGACAGCAUCUCACCGACUGGAGCGGCGGCGCUGGGCCGAUCGAAGACAGAAAAGGUGGGGCUAAGAGGAACCCCACAUGCACACGCUGACGGCUGGUUUGAGCUCCUUAUCCAACGCAGACAUUUUUACAUUGUUUAUCAACCAAGUCUCAGCAGCUUUUUUUCGGGGUUUUCUUGCCACACCACGACGACUUUCACAUCGUUGGAUAUGUCCAUUAUUGACCAAAGGGAAAAUGGCACAAUCACAUUGUGGGACAUAUCCAGAAAGAGUUUGAAUGAUUUAAGAUGUACUUCAUACAGUCAAGGCAGAGAACAAGAGCUGAUCACACAUAUUUUCUGAUGCAGAAGAAGAUCUAUUCAUGACUCUGACCAAACCUACGUUAUGACUGAAUUGGAAGCUCCUGGGGUGGUGGAUCAUCCCCCAAACUACAUAAUCUUUGUGGUGGUCUUCCUCUUCUUCCUCACCGGACUGUUUGGCUUCCUCUUCUGCCAGCUACUGAAGAAGAAGGGCUACCGCUGCCGCACUGGAGACAUGGACGAUGAAGAGGAGGAAGAGAAGCUUGGAGGAAAUAUAGACGAUGAGGACGAGGAGAACCAGGACACAGUGGAGCAGAUCCUCAAAUGCAUUAUUGAAAAUGAAGCCAAUAUGGAAGCCUUCAAUGAAAUGUUUGGAAACCAUGUGCACCAUGACCCCAGGUUGCGUAAGGAGUCCGUUGGUAGUGUUCCUCCCCAUCACCACACAGUCCACUCUGGCACCGACCACAACACCUGUCACCUGUGUGCCCAGGUCCGAUCUAAGAAAGCCCGGAGACAAAGUCGAACCCCCCGCUCGAAACAACGACCGGGAGAGCAGACUGUCUUCUCGGUUGGCAGGUUCCGGGUGACGCACACUGAUAAGAAGCUUCACGGAGGUCCUAAUCCAUUGGUUGGUUCAGGAGACCAGCUGGACCAAUCACAGGACAGUGAGGAGCGUAAGGAAGGCGUGUACAAUCUCAGAAGCAUGUUCAAAGAUGUCAGAUCACCUUCAGAGGGCUCUAAUGGGGUUACUGUGAAUGUGGGGAAACGUAGGAAGAGUGUAACUCUAUUUGGGUUAAGGCGCAGCAGCGACCCAAUUGACAUUAAAGAAGAAGGAACAAGAAAGGACACUGGAGGUGUUAGAUUUGCAAUUCAGCAGCAACCUGUAGUGUUGGAGGAACUCAUGCGGGCAGAGAACAUUGAAGUUGCUAAUGUAAAGAAUACUAAACCUGGUAUUAAACCUGAAACCGAGCCGUCAAAGAGUCAAACGGCUGGUUCUAUUAAUUUCUCCCAAGGUAAGGAUCUUGUGUUCAAAUCUUCCAGUGAGAUUUCUACUGCUUCUGCCCCAAGCUCUCUUCCAAUUCCAUCUCCUGGUUCAUCUGCACAUUUAUUUAAGACAACAGCAAAACAACAAUAUGGUGUUGAGGAUAAGGUGUUAAAAAAUGAAGAUGAUUUUGAUCCUGGACCGCUACAGACCUCUACACCCAUUGUCCCCAUGCCUGAAUUCAUUCCUGUGUUCACUCCCGUCAGUCCUACUGGUAAACCUGAACAAUGUUCAAGCCAAUGUUUCUCGACUACCAAAACAACAUUUGAUCCAAGCUCUAGCCUAGAUCUGGAAUCAGGUCUUGGCCAGAAACUAGCUUUAAUAAGCGUAGGUCCAUCUCCUCCAUCUUCAUUACCAAUCAAGGCUCAAUCUUCAUCCUCUUUAAAGAUGCCUACCUCACCCUUGGUGGUCAUACCACUGACUUUGAAUUCAGGAAGUGAGGUGUCUGUAGCAUCUAUGACCAAAGGGGAUCCGAUUUCAAGUCCAUUAUUUCCAAAGGAACCAAACCUGGAAGCGCCUAUAACCCCAAAGAUGGAAGAAAAGACAGAAAAAAACAUGUUAUGUAUUCUCAAAAUGGCUAAACCUUCACCAGUUGAGGAAGAUUCUAAAGGCACUGCGCUAUACCCUCUUACUGAUCAGCUUUUUAAAGAUAGACUGAGCAGUUUGCCUCGGUCACCGUCCAGUUCACUGUGCCCAUCCUCCCCUAUGGGAAACAGAAUAAGCAGUUCGAACAUCUUUAAAGCCAGCCCUGACAGCAAGAGACAGUUUCCGGUAGACACAAUGAUGGAGGAUGAAAUAUCCUUUCCCUCAACAAAGAAACAGAACGGAGCAACCUCUGAAAAAGCAGGAAUUAGUCCAGCUGUUGGUCAGGAAGGAGAGGUUUAUGUUUCAGGUGUUGCACAAUGUGAAAGUCAAUGUGAAAAGACUCCUAGAGCAGAAGUUAUUGCAAUUGCGAGUAAAGUGAAAGAUGAUAUGGUGGAGAUGGAAGAUAUUAGAGACUGCAAAGUGACACAGGUGCAAGAGGAAGAGAGGGUAGAGGAGGAGAAGAUGGUAAACAUUUAGUCAAAGUAGGAAUGAUAGGUAAAGUCUCAUAUGGAGAUGGUUGAGCAUUCAGUUUUGAUAAUCCAAAGAAAGAAAGGAAGAGUGUCUCAACGUGGUGGACUUUGAGAAAGGAAAUGUAGAAGUGAUAAAAUGAAUUAAUUAUGGACAUGAAUUUUAUCAUGUAACUACAGCAGUGGAUCAGUUGCUGUGAAACUAGGCUGCCCUGACUAGCUGGUUGACUAAUUCCAAUGUUUGAUUUAGAUGAUGAUACAACAAAUGUUAAAUGUUUUAGCCUUUUUACCACAUGUCACAGAUACUUUACAUCAUAGCUAAGCAUUUUACAGACCGUGCUUUUGUGUUUUUGAUUUUACAGGCCGGUCAUGGGGGAUUUUUUGAAUGGUAUUAUCACUAGCAGGCCAUUUAGUUGCCUGAUGGGUUAAUUUGCAUAUUGUCGCUUAAUUGAGUUACUAAUGGCCUGAUUACAUUUAAGUCUUUCACCAGAGCUGUAUGACUAAUUGCUUUAUUCAUGAACUAUUAUAUAGUAUUGAUGUAUAUAUUUGUUAAGUGCUGGCAACCCCUAAUUUCAUCAAUUGAUUGAUUGUGAAUCACCAUUUACUUUACAACAUUUACUUACUCUUUAGGCAGGUUGGCCAAUGGAGAUGUCUCAGUUCGUGAAUAUGCAAGUAUUUCUGUUUAACCUAUAUCCAUACCAUCAUGGCAUACAGCAAGAUGCAAAACACAGUUAGUACCAUGACAACGUAUCUUAAAACUCUGCAAAUACCAACACUCAGUCAGUGCCCCUCAGCAUCUAAUGGAGCCUUGAGCAACUGCAUGAGACAACCAAGGCAUUUAACAAACUCCACUUUAAUUGUGUCGGUAUUAGAUGAUCAGUGCAACUGACUAAGCACAAAAAUCUGUGAAAGGAUGAGUUAGGACUGUAAAAUAAACAAGGUCUUUCAUUAAGAAGACCAAUGUUCUUUUCCAGUGAGAGACCAGUGUAAUAAAAAGUUAAAGUUAAUUAAAAAAUACUUUAAAAGUAGUUUUGUUGUGUAAACCUAACCAAGUAAAUGCAGCAACUAAAUAAACCUAGGUUAAAAGUUAAUACAGAAUGUUUGUAACGAGCACAAACUGAAUGCAUCCGGUGAUGAGAGAAUUUAUUUUGAAAAAUACUAAAUAGGUCAGCCUAAGCGCUUACACAUCCAAAACUGAGGCUGACUCGCAUUAUAGCUCGAAAUGCAAGGCCACUUGCCAAGUGUUGGUAUUUGACGAGCUAGAUGUGAGACAUUUUCAAAAAUGUUUUUUUUUUACUAGUCUUGUUAUUGUAAGACUUUUCUCUGCUCAUCUGCUAUCUUGUUCAACAUGAUUGAAACAUGAUAAUGCAAAACAAUGGCAAAAAGUGAUCGACAGCAAAUACAGCCAUAAACUGUUAUAGAAUGUAUUGAUGCUAAGUAGUACAAAGCAAUGCCACAGUAUUACGGAGUGGAAGUGCCAUAUAUGAAAUAAGCUUGAAACUUCCAGAGAAUUGCAUCUGCUGUCCUUAAAGGUGUGGAACUUAAUAAUGAUUUUGGCAUGUGCUCCGAAAGUGGCAUAUCCAUGAUAAAAAGUGUAAUAACUA